AUGUUAAAAAAAAAAAAGGAUUACGAAAAUGCUGAUUUAGAGGAUUGCAAUACCAAAGAGAUAAAGGGAUAUUCAAAAGUAGGGAGCGAAAAAAAUAUAAAAAAAAAAAUGACUUCUAUAAAAGAGUCUAGUAGUAGGGAUGAAGAAGAAGAAGAUGCUAAUGUAAAUAAAAAUAUUAAAAAAUUUAAAGAAGGCAAUAAAAAAGACAAUAUUUCAAAAAAUUGUAAUAUUGUAGAAAAGAAAAAUAAUAAAAGCAAAGAAGAGAAAAUAAAUAUCAAAGAAGCUAUUAUUAAAAAUGUAAAGGUACCAGAUAAUUACGAAAUAAAACAUUUGAUUGGUAGAGGAUCCUAUGGAUAUGUAUAUUUAGCUUAUGAUAAAAAUGCAAAUAAAAAUGUGGCUAUAAAGAAGGUUAAUAGAAUGUUUGAAGAUUUAAUAGAUUGUAAAAGAAUAUUAAGAGAAAUAACAAUAUUGAAUAGAUUAAAGAGUGAUUAUAUUAUAAGAUUACAUGAUUUAAUUAUUCCUGAAGAUUUAUUAAAAUUUGAUGAGUUAUAUAUAGUAUUAGAAAUUGCAGAUUCUGAUUUAAAGAAAUUAUUUAAAACACCAAUAUUUUUAACAGAACAACAUGUAAAAACAAUAUUAUAUAAUUUAUUACUAGGAGAAAAAUUUAUUCACGAAUCAGGUAUAAUACACAGAGAUUUAAAGCCAGCUAAUUGUUUAUUAAAUCAAGAUUGUUCAGUAAAGAUAUGUGACUUUGGUUUAGCUAGAACAAUUAAUUCAGAUAAAGAUAUUCAUAUUGUUAAUGAUUUAGAAGAAAAAGAAGAAAAUGAAGAACCAGGUCCACAUAAUAAAAAUUUAAAAAAACAAUUAACUAGUCAUGUAGUUACUAGGUGGUAUAGGGCACCAGAGCUUAUAUUAUUACAAGAGAAUUAUACAAAUUCUAUAGAUAUAUGGUCGACUGGUUGUAUAUUUGCUGAACUAUUAAAUAUGAUGAAGAGUCAUAUAAAUAAUCCAACUAAUAGAUUUCCCUUAUUUCCUGGAUCUUCUUGUUUUCCUUUAUCACCUGAUCAUAAUUCAAAAAAAGUUCAUGAAAAAAGUAACAGGGAUCAAUUAAAUAUAAUAUUUAAUGUAAUAGGUACACCACCAGAAGAAGAUUUAAAAUGUAUAACAAAACAAGAAGUUAUUAAAUAUAUUAAAUUAUUUCCUACAAGGGAUGGUAUAGAUUUAAGUAAAAAAUAUUCAUCUAUAUCUAAAGAAGGUAUAGAUUUAUUAGAAUCCAUGUUACGAUUUAAUGCUCAAAAAAGAAUAACUAUUGAUAAGGCUUUAUCACACCCUUAUCUUAAGGAUGUAAGAAAAGAAAAUUUAGAAAAUUUCUCAACCGAAAAAAUAAUACUUCCAUUUGAUGAUUGGAUGGUUCUAUCAGAAACACAACUUAGAUAUAUUUUCUUAAAGGAAAUUCAAUCAUUUCAUGCUGAUUUAAUUAUACCUGCAAAGUUAAAUAUACAUCAAAAAAGUUUCUACAAUAUGUAA